AUGUGCCUGGUGUUGGCGUCACAGUUGAGGCGACCGACCAGCUGCCGACCAGUUUUGGUCUCUGACCUUCACGUCGCUGCUCGUGGCUGCUCUUUCCCCCCUGCUCUCGUCGCUGUUCUCGCCGUUGCCGCUCGUCGUUGUUUACGUCGCCAACGACAUUAUCAGUGCCAUCUUACACACUAUUUCAUUUCAUCCCAACACUUCUCAGUCUCAACCAACGCCGUACCAGACGACUCGUCGCUCUCUACCCUCCCCCGUGGCCAGGUCGACUACCUUUCCCAUGACUGGGAGGAAGAGGACGUAUGGCGUUCAUGGCGAAAUAUGACCCGUCAGAAAAAUGAGAUUGCAAACGGCGUUCGUCUGGAGAAUGCUUCUUGGAGAACGUGGUGGAAGCAAAGAAACAAACUCAAGACGGUGACACCAGAGACACUAAAUUGGUUGAAAGACUCGGAUGUGACCUGGCUGUAUGGUCCUCUUCACACCGCCGUUGACUGGACACCACCCCCGAAACCCGAUUCAGUUCCAGACAGUGUCGAAUCAUCAAAUCCUGCUUCUGCGCAUGAUCGUCUCGACCUCUCCUCUCAUAAACCUCGGAAAACUAUCCUCAAAUACCGUAGCAUUAGCGAACUCCUUACCAGUGACCUCCCUACAUCCCCCGUCUUUAGCCCCGCUGAAUCCGACGACGAGGAAGACCGCUCAAACAUUCAGCCGGAUCUUCGACUUCUCUCCCAGGAUCAGUUCAAGUCCCACAAACGACCGUCACUGAUGCAUACCAAGAGCGACACCCAUAUCAGCCGAUGGGGCCCUAGCCGCGCCUUCCGGAAAGACUCUCCGCCCCGCCUCGACCCUCCAGUCGCUCUGCCGGUCGGAUCCCCUCACAAGUCAAUAUAUUUUCCAAGUUCCGUCCGCGCUUCACAUUCCCAGGACUCGAAUUCCAGUGCUGGGGGAAGUGCAGGUAGUACUGAACGAACUCAGCAGAAGAAAAAGCAUAUCAGCUUUAAUACCUUUGUAGAACAAUGCAUUGCCAUCGAAAAGCCGAAAAAGAGCAGUUCGGGCUUAUUUUUAGGACAGAAAGAGGGUAUGUGGGCUGGCGGUCGUCGUGGCUGGGACGAGGAUAACGGGUACGAUGAGGAUGAGGAGGACUCAGCGGGCGAAGACGAUACUGAGAUUGAGGCUCCUUGGGACAUUCGUCCUCUUCAUGGCAGUGCGGUUGGCAGCGAUUCAGAUUCACCUUACGAAGAGGAGGAGGAGGAAGAUGAUGGUAUCAUUGAAAUGCGACCCACAUCACAUCGUCAUACCCCCAAGAAGCAAGGACCGCGAUCCCAUUCAAAAGUAUCCACGACGUCCUCAUCAUCCUCCGCUUCAACCACAUCAGCGUCUACGUCAUCAUCAUCUCCUUCCCGGGGUGACGAUCUUAAUUCGACGUCUACGUCACGCAAUCCUGGUCUCGCCUCGCGUCAUGCAAGCUCAACUACACACAAACCAUCGCGGCGGGCACCACCGCUCAUCCGAAGGGCAUCAGACAUUCAUGUCACCAUUGCCCCCAUUGCACCUACGAUGUUAAAGACAACGGGAGCGUGGGAGGAGGGGUUUGGAGAUGAAGGUGCGAAUAGUGAUGACGGCCUUGCAAUUUGGAGUGAGCGUAUGUGGGGGUAUAGCGACGGGAAAGGAAAGCGGAGGGGGAGUGCUUCUGAAGAGCAAAUAUCCGAUGGGACGCCUGUCGAGCUGGUUUACGUGCCGCCGUUUGGGAGCAAUUAUAGCCUUGGGAUGGGCGUGGAGGAGGAGGAUGAGGAAGUGUAUGGUGGUGAAGACGGCUACGAAGAGGAGGAGGAGGAUGAUGAUGUCGUUACCUUUGGGAGGAUGAAGUUUAACAAGGAUGCAAAAGUUGAGAAUGAUAAGACGGAGGUCGAUCGCGAGACUGUGCUGAAUACUGGCUUUGGUGACUACGCAGACGGUGGGCACGGUGCAGCGGCCAGUCUGCCGAUCCCUAUCUUGGACAACCCAUCAUCCCGCUCUUCGUUAUCUCACAGGACUUAUAUGCAUGGGCCACAAUCCAGUCAUGUAUCAUCGGUGCCCACCGUUGUUGUGGAUCAAGGACGGAGGGGCAGAACUGUGCAGCACGUCCCGGAUGCGUAUGACUUCUUCAGCGGGCCAGAUCUGGGUGAGGAGUACACCGGUAUGCGGAAGGGGCUCAGAGGAUAUCCGAAAGGAACCGGUGGUCGUGCAGCAAUUGAUAGAGAAGCACCAUCAACGAGCCCAAGCCCUCUGACGCUGGAGAUCCCCAUCCAUGCAUCAAACGCGUUACGCACCCCUGUUGUGGCCCCAACACAAGCUCCAGAUCUCGAACGUCGCAGCUCAUCCCUUUCGCCAUCAUCCGCCCCUGCUCAGACGUCUUCGUUACUCUCUCCCCCUCCUCGUGGUCGAUCAUACCAGGAUCUCGCUCAACCCAAUCGAUCACAAUCAAGAGGGCGGUCGAGUACACGGACGCCCACUUCAGCUUCGUCUUCAUGGGACAGGGAUCGGGCGGGUGGACCGGGGAACAGCAGUACAAGUCCUAUUGGCAACUUAUCCCCGGACAUGGGAAUAGUAGGCACAAUUGGUGUCGCAUAUGCUGGAGGAAGGGUUGACAGGGAGAAGUUGGUUGGUGAGAGAGAGAGAGAUCAAAGGGGAAGAGGGGACGAGCCAAGGGGAAAUGACAGCGGGCGACGAGGUCGGGAUCGAACAACUGGCAAGAGGCUCAGUGCUAGUGUCAGUGUCAGUCCAGAGCCACCGCGUUCAAUCCCUCCUGCGGAGGAGGCUUCUUCUCCCAUUCUGGGAAAUGGGAGAACAACAGUUGCGCCGCCGAUGGAAGCCAGUUUUUCAUCGACGUCCUCGUCAACGUCUACCAGCAGCUCACAGACUGUUGUUGGAGACAGCGAGCGGAGGCUGAAGGAGGAACAGCACCUAAGGAGAGCAGAGGAAGAACAUAGGAGGACGACACAUCCCACCCCUUCGAAUUCGCCCAUCUUUGAGAUGCUCAUGCCACCUGUCGGACUGGUCCCUACUGUUGGGUUACCGCCCUCGGCUUCAACAGCUAGUGUAGGGUCGUCUUCGAGAUCCAGUGGUUCUGGAUCAACGCCUACCGCGGCAGCCGUGUCGCCAACGCGAACCUCUCCACCCCCUCCCCAUUCACAUCAUGUCCGGUCAUCAUCCGUAUCAUCCACCGCUUCCUCCACACCAACGAAAGCGAAACCCCCGCCACUGAUACCCUCGCCGUCUCCGUCACUUCCCAGCACAUCGUAUGUCAGCCCAGUGAGCCCCAAAGCAUUGUUGACCCCACCCGUUUCUUUGGAGGGAGGGUCGACAAUAGUAGAUAAGGCUGUGGGCAUGGUUUCGUCUGCUGGUGCUUUCUUCGGGUUAUGGCACCCUAAUAUUGGCGGUAACGCUCCAGAUAUAGAACGACGAUGA